AUUCCACCCAUAUUUAAUGCGCCAAACGUUUCUGACCCUUCUCUACAUCUCCUCCCAUUUUUCAAAUCAAUCGCUCCAUGCCCUUAACCACACUCAUUACCACUAACACUAUCAACAAAAAAGGUGCCUUCUUUGCCAUUUUCAAGCUUUGGAUUCUUCUAUUCACGGAUCUAUAUUUUAUAUCUGGAUGAUUCAGGUCAAAAUGGGUAGUGCUUGUUUUGAUUCCUUGUGGGCUCUUUCACUUGUUUUCCCUAAUCAAAAGAACUCAGAUGUAAGGAGGCAGGAUGAAACUCAAACAUUGGGUUGAUAGACAUAGAACCAGCUUGAGUGGGAGGCUAAGAAAGAUGAUGAUGAAAUGCUUUUAUUCGGGUGAACGAUUAGAGGCGAAGGAAACGAAUGCUUCAUCGGAAUCGUUAGCCACGAGGGAUUUUUCAGCCAGUGGGUAUUCUUCUCGAGCCGGUGAGCCUGAUCCUAAGUUGGAUAACAGCAAUAUAGAAGAAGCCGAAUCCUCUCUUCGUGAGAGUGGUUUUCUCAACUAUGAGGAAGCAAGAGCCUUGUUAGGUCGAUUAGAGUAUCAAAAAGGAAAUGUAGAGGCUGCCCUUCAUGUUUUUGAAGGAAUUGACAUUGCUGCUGUUACACCGAAGAUGAAAAAUUCGCUUGCUAGAAGAUCUGAACCACCUAGACGCCAUUCUCAAAGUGAUGCGGCCCCACCAAUGUCGAUACACGCUGUCAGUUUACUCUUUGAAGCUGUUUUUCUCAAAUCGAAGUCAUUGCAGGCCCUGGGACGGUUUAGAGAAGCUGCUGAAUCGUGCAAAAUAAUACUAGAUACGGUCGAAUCUGCAUUGCCCGAUGGAUUUCUUAACUUUUCUUCAGAUAGUAAACUGCAGGAAAUUCUAAAUAAAGCUGUUGAGCUGUUGCCUGAACUCUGGAAACUGGCUUCGGAUCCACAGUCAACCAUUUUGUCAUAUAGGCGUGCCCUUCUCUACCACUGGAAUCUUGAUCACAAAACACGAAUGUAUAUUGAAAAAGAGUUUGCUAUAUUUCUUCUGUACAGUGGUUGUGAUGCAAACCCUCCAAACCUUCGAUCCCAGAUGGAAAGUUCCUAUGUACCCAAGAGCAAUCUAGAAGAAGCCAUUCUUUUGCUACUGAUUCUUCUAAGAAAGAUUGUUAUCGGGAUAAUAGAGUGGGACCCAUCAAUCUUUUAUCACCUUUCUUUUGCACUAUCAGUGGCGUACGACUUAAGAUCACUUGCUCAUCAGAUCGAAGAAUUCCCACCUGGGAUCAUUGCAAGAAAGGAAAGGUACAGCACUCUGGCACUAUGCUACUAUGGCGAAGGUGAAGAAACCGUGUCUCUAAAUCUAUUGAGGAGUUUGUUUAAUGAUAAAGAGAACCACCAUAAUUGCGUAUUUGAGAUGUUACUUGCUUCCAAGAUUUGUGGAGGGCAUUCGGAUUCCCUUGAAGAAGGAAUUGCAUACCUUUACAAACUACUCCAGAAAUUCGAGGGAAACUGUGAGCAGAUGAUUAGUGUUGCGAAUUUUUUUCUUGGGAUCUCCCUUUCAGCACAAUCAAGAAAUGCUAAUUUGGAUUCUCAGAGGAUUUCAAUGCAAUCUGAAGCUGUGGAAUCACUUGAAACUGCCAACAAGAUGAUGAAACAAGAAGAUCCCAACGUUCUGUUUCAUCUUAGCCUUGAACACGCAGAACAGAGGAAGUUGGAUAUUGCUCUAUAUUAUGCAAAGCAGCUUGUGAAGGUUGAGGCUGGAGCUAGCGUAAAAGGAUGGAUUCUUUUAGCACGUAUUUUAUCAGCUCAAAAACAAUAUGUUGAUGCUGAGAAUAUUGUAGAUGCUGCUAUAGAUGAAACCGGGAAGUGGGAUCAGGGAGAACUGUUGAGAACUAAAGCUAAAUUGCAGAUUGCACAAGGCCAUUUAAAGAACGGCAUAGAGACAUAUACACGUCUUCUUGCAGUUCUUCAAGUUCGCAGCAAGAGCUUUGGGCUCCACAAAAAACUGUCAAAGAUGAAGAGGAGCAACAAAGAAAGAGGUCUAGAAAUGGAAAUAUGGCAUGAUCUUGCAAACGUUUACACUAGUUUAUCGCAAUGGCGUGAUGCUGAAGUCUGUCUAUCAAAAUCUAAGGCCAUCGAUCCUCAUUCUGCAUCCAGAUGGCAUUCCACAGGCUUACUCCAUCAAGCCAAAGGCCAAAGGGAAGAAGCAUUAACUUCAUUUGAGAAGGCAUUAGAUGUUGAUCCAAAUCAUGUUCCAAGCCUAAUAUCAACUGCCAUCGUUCUCAGAGAACUCAGUGAUCAAUCGCUACCAGUUGCCAAAAGCUUUAUAACCGAUGCACUAAGGGUUGAUCGGACUAACCCUCGUGCAUGGUACAAUCUUGGUCUGGUAUACAAGGCUGAGAAUGGUUGUUCAGCCCUAGAAGCUGCUGAAUGUUUUGAGGCUGCAAUUAUGCUUCAAGAAUCUGAACCUGUUGAACCCUUCAGAUGAAAGUCACACCCCAAAUCUCAACAGCAAUGGUCACUAAUUUGACCUUUCGUUUUGUUACAAGAUGAUUUGCUUCUAUGCAAGAUUGUUUUUUAGUUUAUACAGUAAUAGGUAUAGCAAGAAAAUUGCACCAGCCAAUGAUGGCAUAUGAUCUUUUUUUGUCUUGAUAGUUUCUUUUGUAUCCAGUAGCUGUAAAGAGGGUGGCAGCCCUGUGUUCUUGUUUUCAUUUAUGCAAGUAUUGUAGCUCAUUUCCCAUGUCUAUGACAGUAUCUAUUCUAUUUCUAGUUUCUAUGUAUCAUGUAUCCAAUUGGGAAA